GCGUCGUGACCUAGGUUCAGCGCAUGCGCCGCGCGGGACGGCUGGAUUGAAAGCCAUGGCGUGGGUUCCUGCGGCGGAGUCCGCGGUGGAGGAGUUGAUGCCCCGGCUCUUGCCGGUGGAACCCUGCGACUUGACGGAAGGUUUCGAUCCCUCGGUGCCCCCGAGGACGCCCCAGGAGUACCUGCGGCGGGUCCAGAUCGAAGCAGCGCAGUGCCCAGAUGUGGUGGUAGCUCAGAUUGACCCAAAGAAGUUGAAAAGGAAGCAAAGUGUGAAUGUUUCUCUUUCAGGCUGCCAGCCUGCACCUGAAGGUUACUCUCCAACUCUUCAGUGGCAACAGCAACAAGUGUCACAGUUUUCAAGUGUUCGUUGGAGUGUGAACAAACAUAGAAGUCACUGGAAGUCACAGCAAUUGGACAGUAAUGUGACCAUGCCAAAAUCUGAAGAUGAAGAAGGCUGGAAAAAAUUUUGUCUGGGUGAAAGGUUAUGUGCUGAAGGAGCCAUUGGGCCAGCUACAAAUGACAGUCCUGGAAUUGAUUAUGUGCAAGUUGGUUUUCCCCCCUUAUUGAGUAUUGUUAGCAGAAUGAAUCAGGCAACAGUAACUAGUGUCUUGGAAUAUCUGACUAAUUGGUUUGGAGAGAGGGACUUUACUCCAGAAUUGGGAAGAUGGCUUUAUGCUCUGUUGGCUUGUCUUGAAAAGCCUUUAUUGCCUGAGGCCCACUCCUUAAUCCGGCAGCUUGCAAGAAGGUGCUCUGAAGUGAGACUCCUAGUGGACAGCAAAGAUGAUGAGAGAGUUCCUGCUUUGAAUUUAUUAAUCUGCUUGGUUAGCAGGUAUUUUGAUCAACGUGAUUUAGCUGAUGAACCAUCCUGAAGUAGCUGACCCCUCAGGGAUUAAAGAGCUUUCUGAUGAAGAUACCCCAAAACUGAGCGAGUCAAUGCCAGUUCAAGGACAGUUUGCGUCACAUCUUCAGCGCUGUGUCAAGGGUCUUCGUCUUAACUUGUACAACUCAAGUUCAUACUAAGAAUAGAGACUGUAUUAAUUUGGAUGUUUGAAAUAUCUAGGGAAAAUCCCACUUGGAUUUUGAAAAACGAUCUGAAUAAUCUGCAAUCACGUACGAUUAUAACCAAUUGAGUGUCAUUCAUUGUUGAAACAGCCUGAGUAAAAUGCAUAUGGUCCUCGGUGCUUUUCCUUGUUUACAUAAUACAUAAAAUAUCUUGCUG